AUGGCCCUGUCCCUGGGAGCCGAGAUGUGGGGGCCCGAGGCCCUGCUGCUACUGCUGCUGCUGGCAUCAUUUACAGGCCGGUGCCGGCCAGGCGAGCUGGAGACCUCGGACCUGGUGACCGUGGUGCUGGGCCAGGACGCCAAGCUGCCCUGCUUCUACCGAGGCGACCCCGGCGAGCAGGUGGGGCAGGUGGCGUGGGCGCGGGUGGACGCGGGCGAGGGCCCCCGGGAGCUGGCGCUGCUGCACUUCCAAUACGGGCUGCACGUGAGCGCGGCCUACGAGGGCCGCGUGGAGCAGCCGCCGCCCCCACGGAGCCCCCUGGACGGCGCGGUGCUCCUGCGCAACGCGGUGCAGGCGGACGAGGGCGAGUACGAGUGCCGCGUCAGCACCUUCCCCUCCGGCAGCUUCCAGGCGCGGCUGCGGCUCCGCGUGCUGGUGCCUCCCCUGCCCUCACUGAACCCCGGGCCAGCGCUAGAAGAGGGCCAGGGCCUAACGCUGGCAGCCUCCUGCACGGCAGAGGGCAGCCCAGCCCCCAGCGUGACCUGGGACACGGAGGUCAAGGGCACAGCGUCCAGCCGCUCCUUCAAGCACUCCCGCUCAGCUGCUGUCACUUCAGAGUUCCACCUGGUGCCAAGCCGCAGCAUGAAUGGGCAGCCCCUCACCUGCGUGGUGUCCCACCCUGGCCUGCUCCAGGACCAGAGGAUCACCCACAUCCUCCAAGUGGCCUUCCUCGCUGAGGCCUCUGUGAGGGGCCUUGAAGACCAAAAGCUGUGGCAGGUUGGCAGAGAAGGAGCUACACUCAAGUGCCUGAGUGAAGGCCACCCCCCUCCCUCGUACAACUGGACACGGUUGGACGGGCCUCUGCCCAGUGGGGUCCGAGCGGAAGGGGACACGCUGGGCUUUCCUCCGCUGACCACAGAGCACAGUGGCAUCUAUGUCUGCCACGUCAGCAAUGAGCUCUCCUCCAGGGACUCUCAGGUCACUGUGGAUGUUCUUGACCCUCAGGAUGCCCCAGGGAAGCAGGUGGACCUGGUGUCAGCCUCUGUGGUGGUGGUGGGUGUGAUCGCUGCGCUCCUGUUCUGCCUUCUUGUGGUGGUGGUGGUGCUCAUGUCCCGUUACCACCGGCGCAAGGCUCAGCAGAUGACCCAGAAAUAUGAGGAGGAGCUGACCCUGACCAGGGAGAACUCCAUCCGGAGGCUGCAUUCCCAUCACGCGGACCCCAGGAGCCAGCCGGAGGAGAGUGUAGGGCUGAGAGCCGAGGGCCACCCUGAUAGUCUCAAGGACAACAGUAGCUGCUCUGUGAUGAGUGAAGAGCCGGAGGGCCGCAGUUACUCCACGCUGACCACGGUGAGGGAGAUUGAAACACAGACGGAACUGCUGUCUCCAGGCUCUGGGCGGGCAGAGGAGGAGGAGGAUCGGGAUGAAGGCAUCAAACAGGCCAUGAACCAUUUUGUUCAAGAGAAUGGGACCCUGCGGGCCAAACCCACGGGCAAUGGCAUCUACAUCAAUGGGCGGGGGCACCUGGUCUGACCCAGGCCUGCCUCCCUCCCCGAACCCGGCUCUUUCUGCUGACCUGGGGAAUUUCUACUCAUCACACGGAGGCCUCCCUACACACCUUAUUUCUUGAGGAAGAUGCUCCUCAUCCCACUGACUGCUCGACCUUUUCCUCCAACCCUUCUGUUUGACAG